AUGCCACCUUGCCACAGAUGUUCCGUGCUCUUCAUACCUUUUCUGUGGUGCACUCCUGUUGAGCAUCAUUUGGUACACUUUGACCAGGAUCUUGUUGGUUCUUUCACUUCGAUACCGGCUCAUCGUAUCGAAGCUUCAGUACAGUGGAUGCUCACACGGUACAAAGAGAUCCACAAUGACCAGGACGACAUGGUCUUUACAGUUUUCCCCAAAGUGAAAGACGUGCUUUUUCGCAUUGUCGGGACUCGAAACGAGCACUUCGUGGACGAGCUUUUCACAUUCGAUUGGGCGACAUUCUGCCACUUUGCAUGCUCGCGCUACAAACUUCGCUCUUUACGCGAAUGCAACAGAUUUUUCAGCAAGUUCGUGGCAGCGCCAUUGGCAAUCAGACUUCACUGGUAUUUGCAGACAUUGCAGUCAGUUUCAUCGAACAACAAUGGUGGGUUCGCAAUCAACAUGUCAUCCAACCUCAUCGUGAUCUCUUUUCCAUAUUCCGGUAUGUUGACAACAGGUCCCGCGGAGGUGACAGCCGCGACCGCCGAAGUGACCGCCGCGAUGUGCGCAGCUCUCGCUACGAUCGUGAUCGCAGCCCCCGUCGAGAUGUCGGACCGGGUGGAAGGAAACUGGUCAGUGUCGAGCGGGGCUGACGUUUCAGAAAGGUUCAUGAAGCCACGGGUGAUCGGCGCGACAGCCGAGCUCCUGACCGAGCACCAAGGUACAGCUCACGCCGACCAAGUCCCCGUCGAGCAAGCCCCACACGAAAAGACAGCCGUGAUCGAGGCAGAGGAAGAGACUACGACAAGCGCGACCGAAGCUACGACGACAGGGAUGCAGACCGUGGCUCCAGGAGAGAUGACAGGAGGGACUACGACCGUGAUCGCUCUCGGAAGUAUGGCGGAAGGUCCCGUGGACGCGACAGCCGUGACCGGCGAAGCGACCGUCGCGAUGACCGUGGGUCUCGUUACGACCGUGAUCGUAGCCCUCGACGGGCCUUCGGACCAGGUGGAAGGCCUAGCGGCAACUGGGGCGGAGAUUGGGAGUGUGAGAAGUGUGGCUGCAACAAUUUUGCGCGCAGAGAUGAGUGCUUCAAGUGCGGCGCAAAGAAGCCAUCCUGAUGAGUUAAGUCUCAGGGCCACACGGCCACACGUAGAUGCCCCUGCGGCGGGUAUGCAAUCGAAACGGAGGUGUCUUGUGCAUCUCAACACUGCGUUUGCAUCAUCCCUUGCCUUUGGCUGUGGUGCAUAG